GUCUGAGGUGAUCCACCUUUCUUUUACCUAAAAUAAAAUCAUUUCCGUCUAUAUUCAAAUUGACAGUGAAUUUAUGAAAGAAUGGAUUUGCAUGCGAGAGCAAACGUCAUGAAUGGCGUUAUUCAUUAAACUUAAUGAUCACAUCAUCUGUAACUUGUAAUUGGCACUGAUCUGCUUCAAAACGAGUUCGCAACAUCUAAUUGGGUGCGAAAGACCUUCGAGCCUUCGUAUAGUUUCAUAAAAUGCCUCAUUCGUGGAAGAAACCAAACAUAGCUAUGUCAUUGGGAAAGGCGUUUCACUUUACCCCAGCCGAUCUUCCCGAUAUACAAAAAUAUUCUAAAUUGCUGUGCAGAUUCCUUCACGAACAUCAGUGGCUAAUCGACGCGUUCGUCCUUGAUUUUUUUCUGUGCAAGCAUUGGCAGUAUAUUCCCCGCGGAUGGAGCUCCCUGCUCGACAAAGUGACUAUUCCACAAAUUGCUUGCUUUCUUGAGGGUCAACCCAGAUUUCCAAGCAAGGUGCCACCGCUUUCGUUUUUCGCGUUUCUGAGAUUAUGUAAAAUACUACCAAUGGGCCGUCGAUCAGUAGUUUGUUCUACACGGGCUGAAAUGGACAACUACGCCUUUGAGGACACUCGCUACUCUCUGACCACUGCCUUUAAGCGCCAUAUGAAGGGUAAAAAACGCCACGAAAUCGGUCGGCUCGCCAAGUUGGCGGCCGGUUUAUUCGAAUCGCAAGGCAGCACUGACAGUAAAGGCGUCACGCACGUUCUAGAUGUUGGCGGCGGUCAGGGCCAUCUAUCGCGGCUUCUAAGCUUCGGCUAUGGGCUGCGUGUGGCCACGCUCGAUGCGGAGGGUGCGCUUGUAGACAAGGCGCAGGUGUUCGAUGGCAAGGUAACUAGAGAUUUGGGACGGGCCAAAUAUCGAGAACGUCUGCGGCCGGGCUUUGUCACGCAGGAGUUUCUACCACCGGUUCACCUCGAGAGAACAAUCGGAGUAACCACAGCUGCCGAGGAUGUCGAGUUUGUCACACGCACAGCAUGGAAGGAUCCGACUGUGCAGUUUGGUUUGAUUGGCCUCCACACUUGCGGAGAUCUUGGACCCACCAUGUUUCGACUGUUUCGCGAAAGUCCUCAAGUAAAAGCACUCGUAUCGGUUGGCUGUUGUUAUCACAAAAUUCAUCAUCUAUAUCCGCUAAGUGAUACGCUUUGCAGUGAACAGCUAAGCUACGAGGCCAAGGAGGUGGCGUGCCACUCGAUUGAGACCUACAUUAGAAAGCUACUGGAGGAAGACCCUGAGAAAGGACGUCUUCACUCAUUUCGAGGCGCUCUUGAAGUGCUAAUCGACCGAUACAAUCCGGAAUUAAAACACACAGCUCUUGCUAAUGUUAAGUACACAAGCGGGUUGACGUUUGAAGAGUACGCGGUCAAGGCGCUGAAAAAGGUCAACCACGUAAUUCCUGAAGAAGAGUUCAGCUCGGUAGAAAUUGCCGGAUACCUGGACCAGUGGAUGCACGUGGCGACCUUUUUCGCGUUGCGAUUAUGCAUCGCUCCGGCGAUCGAAAGCCUGCUACAGAUGGAUCGAAUAAUGUAUUUGCUCGAAGCUGGUUUCGAUGUUGAUUACGUGCCACUGUUCGAGCCAACAAUAUCACCCAGAUGCCAUGUUAUCGCUUCUAUAAAGAAGUAAAUCUUACUUAUCUAUAUAG